UGCUCAAUGACGGCCUCGACUGGGCAGUAUUAAACCUGGUUUUGACUGUUGCGCCAACCCGGCGAUCCACGGUGAUAACUUUGAUGUUGAUCGAGCUUCUUUUCGUCCCCCUCUUCCCACCCCCGAGCCAGUGCCAUGCCAUGCCUUUGACUUUCUAUUUAUUUUCACACCUGCACACCUUCACCGCCAAAGGACAAGCCGCCUUCGGUGUUUGAUAGACGUGUAAAUUAUGCCAAUCCUAAUCCGCCAAGGGGCGGAUGUGUCGGGUCCCGAACCCGCCUCUCUGACUGCCCGUGCUAGCACGCCCGGGAGAACCCGCGCAUUGGUUGUGUGUCAGGAUUGCUGGGUCCCGCGGUCUGUGCCGGUUAGGAGGGGGGGAUGGGCUGCAUUGCGAAUCUUGGAGGAGCUUCACAGAGAAUCAGAGUCUGUAACUCCACAUAGACCAGUACGUCUUCCCCUAUAAACAUCGGUUAUAAAUCAUAUUAACACCAUUAUAAAUGGACAUAAACAUCGCUGGCUCAAGCUAAAGUGGCGUCUGGAUGCUUUUUCCACAGUAGGACUGUAAAGAAAACUUUUUCAUGCCUCCCGCUUUGAGGGAAAUUUCAUAAAAGGGGGAGUCCAACUGCACGGGACGCGAAGGGUUCGCUCUUCCCCUUAUUGUGUUCAGGAAACACCGUGGCGGCUGAGAAAGGCCUACACUCUGCGACCAACUUUGAAGGUUUUGUUUGCAUUUGGGCAAGGAAGAGUACAGUCUGAAAAAAUGGAAUUAAACGGGUAAUUGGGACAAGAGUGCAGAACAGACCCUGACAUACUACUUAUGCAUAUGGACUGACCUUCACCAAUGGGACAAGCACUGGUAGAAGAAUGUGUCACCUUUCUCACCAUUGAAACAAUAGAUGCGGCCCUGCAAUCUUCCAUAGGAUUUGGGCUGUAUUGUUGUGUCUUUUUUCUGUCAAACAAAACUGGAACAUUGUGACAGGCCUUAGUCUUCCAAGGAUUAAACAAAUGCAUUGUAUGCCAGUUUAAAAAAAUGAACAUCCUGAAGAAAAGUUCACUUUUCCAUGCCACUUGGCUGGAUCAUUCAAAUUUGUCAUAGCAGCAGUGCAUUUAGAAAGACAACAGCAGAUCAGAGCAAAAGAAAACCAAGGUUUCCUCAUGUCCAUAAGGUGCUGGUCGCAGCACUGCGGCUCUCCACCCCUGGAGUGGACAGUUGCUGCGAUUUGGACCCCUUGAUCCCUACCCCUUCCCCCUCCCCUCCCCCCCUUCCCCCUUUCCUGUGGUGCUGGAAGUCAUGAGUAUAGUAAUCCCUCUGGGAGUCACUACACCAGAUACGUCAUACUCAGACAUGGCUGCAGGAUCAGACCCGGAGUCAGUAGAAGCAAGCCCUGCUGUCAGUGAGAAGAAUAACUAUUCCAGUCACAAUUGUGGAAAUGCUCAGAAUCAUGGUUAUCGAGGACUCCCUUAUGCAGAUCACAAUUAUGGUGCUCCCCCGCCUCCCACACCACCUGCAUCCCCUCCCACACAGACCAUUAUCCCAAGGGUUGAACUGAACGGAUUGCGCUCCCGCUACAAGGACAACUCUGCAGAUAGUGAAAGCUCCUCAGAAGAGAAUGCCUCUAGUUGGUGUCACUGCAGCCUGACGCAGGAUGGCUUUGUCAUUAAAUGUGAAAACUGUCGAGGCCUGGAUAGACGGAAAGGUGUUUCAGUCCAAUGUAGAAAACAAGAAAAUGUGUCAGGGGGAGAGAGCAGUGCAACAGAAAGUGGGGAUGAAGAAGUCUCUCCGGCAACAGUGUCCUAUACAGCCACUCAGCAUACUCCAACCAGCAUUACCCUCACUGUUAAUCGCAUCAAAAGAAACAAGCCCAAAAAAAGAAAAAAGAGCACGGAAAAGGCUAGAGGUGCCCCUAAGACCAAAAAAAUCAAGGCUUUCCGUGAAGGUUCUAGGAAGUCUUUGAGAAUGAAGAAUUCAACAACUGAGGCAAGUAUUUUGGAUGAGAAUACAGAAGAAGGCUGGGAAAACCGAAUAAGAUUCUGGACAGAUCAAUAUGAAGAAGCUUUUUCUAACCAGUAUAGUGCUGAUAUCCAGAAUUUGCUACAGCUGCAUCGUAUUGCCAACAAAGAUUCUGUGGGAAAGGCAGCAUUUAUGGAUACCAUCAAUAAAACUGAGCUUGCUUGUAACAACACUGUCAUUGGCUCACAGAUGCAGCUCCAACUUGGAAGGGUGACAAGGGUGCAGAAACACAGGAAAAUUCUCAGAGCAGCAAGGGAUUUGGUAGUUGACACCCUGAUUAUUGAGUAUAGAGGAAAGGUGAUGUUGAGGCAGCAGUUUGAAGUCAAUGGGCACUUUUUUAAAAAACCCUAUCCAUUUGUGUUGUUUUAUUCAAAAUUCAAUGAAGUGGAUAUGUGUGUGGAUGCAAGAACAUUUGGAAAUGAUGCUAGAUUCAUCAGGCGGUCCUGUACACCAAAUGCAGAGGUGCGGCACAUGAUUGCAGAUGGAAUGAUCCAUUUGUGUAUCUAUGCCAUAGCUCACAUUACUAAAGAUUCUGAAGUGACCAUUGGUUUUGAUUAUGAAUAUAGCAAUUGCAAUUACAAAGUUGAUUGUGCCUGCCAUAAAGGGAACCAGAACUGUCCAGUGCAGAAGCAUAACCAGAGUCCCUUUGACCUGUUGCCACCCCCUUCUGCUCCUCCUCAAAUUGGGGCAGAGACUAGGCGUCGAAAAGCCAAGCGGAAGGAACAAGAGUUGGUGAACCAGGGCAACAUAUCAGAUGAAAAUCCAAACUUGCAGACAGAAAGGCUGAAUGAUUCUAAGGAUUUCCAGGGAUCUGCAAUCAGCGAUUCUGAGGAGGUUUCAAAUUAUGAAUUAAAGCUUGAAGGAAAUGAAGGUGCUGAAAGUAAUGACACUGGAUCCCUUGCACAGAAUAAACAGUCACGAGAAGAUCGAAAGGCUGAAGCCAUUAUGCAUAUGUUUGAGAAUCUGGCAAAAAGGAAGAGGAGAAAUUUUCAGAGCCAGGACAAGAGCUACAGUAUAUCGGGAACAGCAACUAGUCCAGCUACACAGUUUGCAGAGGAUCCUAAACUAGAGAACCUAGAGAGUGAGGAUCCUAACCAUUUAAUAGGAAGUGAGCAAGCUACUCAGAGCACAGGGUCUGGUGUAAGCACUCGCCGUUCCACGCAGAGCAUGGAACUGCCCAUUGUUGAAAAGACUCCUGCAAAGCCCACUGCAACAAAAUCAUCCAAGCCACGGCCAAAGAGCCGAAUAUCUCGGCAUCGAUCCAGUUGCUCUCAAAGAGCUCGGCGGCAGAAACAAGCCUUUGCCCAGCAAGCAUCUGAUUAUGCGCAGGGUGUGGCAGAAGAAGGGACCCAAGGGCCAUGUGGAUUAGAGUCUGGCAACACUGAGGUGGGAUUAUCCAUUGGACAGCCAGCUGAUGCAGAAGGAGCUGCUGGGCCAGCCCAUGGAAACAUUAGCAAUCGAGUUAAUCUCAAAUACCCCAAGACUAAAAAGUAUCUUGUUACAGAGUGGUUAAAUGAUAAAAUAGUUGAUAAACCAGAAUGCCCUAUUGAUCGACCACUGAGAAUCACCACAGACCCAACAGUGCUGGCCACUACCUUGAACAUGCUGCCUGGUCUCAGCCAUUCUCCACUUAUCUGCACCACUCCAAAACACUACAUUCGCUUUGGAUCUCCUUUUACUCCUGAAAGGCGCAGGCGCAUUGUCAGUUUUGAUGGCUCCUAUGGCUCAUUUAAAAAGCGCUGGAUUAAACAAGCAAUGGAGGAAGAUAUUCUUGCAGUUAAAGGAGAAAGAGCACUGCUUGAAUCUCAGCACCAAAGCAGCAGUGGAGGCAACACUUCAAAUCCAAGCCCUUGUAACAGUGAGUCAUCAGCACCAUUGAAGAAAAGAAAAUUUAAGUAUUUUUCAGAACAGAGCACUUCAGAGUUGUUACGGCCACUUUCUCCUAUCACCCCACCACCCAUCUCUACUGAUACUGUAAGCCCUCUGUUGGCAGCUUCAUGUACCCUCGUUCUAGGAGAGGAGGAGAAACGUAAUGGAUAUAACCUCAUAUAUUCUCCCCUCAAUUCACUUACCACUAGCCGGUGCAACACCCCUUUACAGUUUGAGAACAUAUCUUCCCCUGAGAGUUCCCCUGCGCAUAGGCCCGAGUCCCUGUCACCAGAGCCUUGCCUUCGUUCAGAUUUUGACCAGUCUCGAACUUGUUAUCAAGAUCUUUCUUUACCCUCCAGCACGGAGAGCCCUAUCCAUUCUGGACUUACGGCUACAGAUGAAUUUCCACCUGUACAGUCAUCCUUUAUUACUGGAGGGUCACUUUGUACUGGUGACUCUGUAAAUGGGAAGAAUGUAGAAAUUCAAGCAAAAGAUCAGGCAUUCAGGACAGAGUUUAAUCUGAUCUACGCUUGCUCCCCAUUGAAUGCUAAUCUGCUGGCUUCUGGGAACCGCAAUGAGGGAACAGGCCGGGGUUCUACUGUUUCCUGUGACAGGAGAGCAUCUCAGUCAGAAGGAGAAUUUUCUCCUGUGGACGCUUUUUUUGGUAGGCAAAGUCAAGGACUGAUGAAUGAAUCUGCGCAAGGUGCAAUGUCACCAUUAGGAGACCGGCAGUACAGCUUCUCUGAAAGUGGAACCCCUCCACAUCAAAACCCACCUCAGAAAAAGAAGGUUUCUUUGCUGGAAUACAGAAAGCGGAAGCAAGAGGCAAAAGAAAGCUUUCCCUGUGAAACAGUAAAAUCUAUGGGAACACCAACAAGAACUUGCAGUGGGACUGCAGACUCUCCACGUUGUAACCGGUCAACACUUCAUGUCCCUGUCCAUCCUGAAAGUGGCUUUUCCUCUCCUAUCCAUUCUUCCAUUCCUCAGAUUGAAGAAGUCAGUCCGCCAGACUGCAGCAAGCAAUCUGCUGUCACUUUAGCCAGUUCCCACAGCAAACCUCAGGAUGCCAUCAGUAGUCGCUGGAUGGUGCCAACGUCUGUGGAGAGAUUGCGAGAGGGUCAUGGCGUUUUGGAACGAGUACUUCGUGGUGGAAUGAAGGUGGAAAGAGUUUUGAAAAGAGUUGAAUCCAGUUCUGGAGAGAGCAGGGAAAAAGACUCCACAGAUGGAGAGAAUGUAGAAAUUCAGGCUGUAUUACGUUCCCGGGGUUCUCCUGUGCACAGUCCUUCUCGCUAUAACCAGCAGCUUCAGACUUUAUUUUCAGAAGGGCAACAAGUGGACACUCACAACUUGCUUCAGCAAAGUAUGUCACCAUUUCGUGGACACAGCAGUACGUAUUGUCAAUCUGCACCAUCUCCAGGACAUGGGUAUCGGUCAACUUCUCAUAUACUUAGUCUUGGGACAUCUCAGAACCAAACAGAACAUUCACUUCAGCAUACAACUUAUUCAAGUCCAGUUCAUUCUUCUUCCUCUUGUUCUUCUUCCUCAUUGGACUCCCCUGUAGUGCCUAUAGCUGGGAGCUCUGGGCACUAUAAUAAUAGUUUGUUGCAUUCUGGGAGCAACAUACUUUUGCACAGUGGCAGCCUUGCAAAGUCCAAUGUGCUGGGUAGCCAGACUAUGACGAGUGUGGCUUGUUCUGCAACCCAAAGCAACUGUAAGACUGGAAUGACAGAUUCCUUAAUGGCUGCCUCAACAUCUAAUGCUGCUUCUGUUAAUUCAACCUCAUUGUCUGUAAACUCCAGAUUAAUGCAAUCUGGAUUACGAACUUUAAGUCCUGCCAGCCCUGGACAAACAGUACUUCAGUCUGGAACCAAACUGUUGGCAGCAGCAAACUCUCAGCACUAUCAACAGCGAGGAACUGCCAUAAACCAGUAUCAGCACCCACAAAUACAUGGAUCUGGUGUACGGACACAGUCAGGAACUUACUAGAAUUUUUGGACCUUCCAUGUGUGGUGCGUAAUAAAUGUAACUUGAGGCCUCAAUCAGUCCUUUUGGAGGGAUUUUACACGAGGACUUGUACAGACUCAGCAUUAUUAUUCCUUUAAACAGGUAUAAUAAAUAACUUUGGCCUUGAUUUUUGGAAGGGGGGAAGGAGGGCAGGAAUGGGCUUGUAAGGCUCCUAGAAUUAUACCACCUCCCCCUGCUUUCAAUUUUAACUGAAUUGUACAGUUAUUGUACAAAGUAAUUGGGGAAAAAAAUAGAAAGCAAAAAGAAUACAUGUACCUGUUGUUAGGUACAUAUAAAAAGCAAAGAAAAAACUCAAGCAUUUUUGUUUAGGCAUCCUUAUUUGGUUUAUAACCAAAACAAUAGUCUGUUGUGCAGUAAAGACAUUUUUUAUAUAUAAAGUAACAAAAUUGUAUAAAAAAUUAUAUUUGUAGCAUCAGGUAUAAAUUUACAUGAGGAUGCAAUGGGGUGAAAAUAACUCAUAUAGAGCAUUCCAUAUGAUUGACAGUUUUUUUUCCCCCCUUUCUCUCUCAUUCACACGUAUACUGUAAUAUUCUGGAUUUAGACUUUUUAUUUAUCUAAUUUUAAGUACAUUUAUAACCAUUCUAGGCUAGCUAUAAUGUACCUGACUCGUACAGACAUAAUAAUCCACGGUGCUGCGGUGAAAAUUUUAUAUUUUACACACUUUCAUGCUGUGAGUCCCUCUAUCUUGAUGUUUAAAAAUUGGAGUUUAAAAAAAAAAAAGGUUUUUUAUUUUUUUUUUAUUAUUAUUUUUUUUUAUUGACUGUUACGAACUUUGACCUGUUUGUAUGGUAGAGGAGGUGGGCAAAAUAGGAGUUUGGUCUAAAUGUUCAGAGUAAUCCUACUCUGCAAAAAACAAAAUUUGAAGGAUUUUAUGCUGUUUGUAAAGCAAAACAUGGUUGCCUUCUGUCCCUCUACAAUCUUAUAAAAGAUCUGGUAGAAAAGAAGAGGUUUGAGAUUGGUUAUAAAGAUUGUGCUCCCCCUUUUUUGGCUUGUCCAUGUGUUAACCGUUUAAAAGAUGAAUAAGUCAUAACCUGUGUUCAGAAAGUUCAUACAACUUUUUAAAGUUAGUUGUAAGGUUUUCUUUAGAUUUGAGAGUUUCACAUAUGACUUUGCAGCCUAUGCAAUUUUCAUUCUUUUAGAGAAUUUCCAGAAAUAUACAUACCCCACACUGGCACUUUAUCUAUGUUAAUGUUAACUUUGGUCUAGAUUCUAAACAGUUAUUCUCUAAUUGAAACCUUUAUUGACAGUUCCAUAACCAUGGCAGCUACAUGUUAAGAGGGGGAUACCAUAUCUUUAAGCCAGACAUUGUGCUCCCCACUUAAUUGUAACAAUUAGGACUUUUCAAAAAAAAAAAUGAAAAAAGAAAAGAAAAAAAAGAAAAGAGAUGUAAUAAUUUUUGAUAAUAAAACACAUGUUGAUAAUCAAAUUAUAAACAAAGGUGCUAAUUUCCUGUGUCCUGAAUAUUUUAAAGUUGUGUGCAUUUCACUUGCACAAUCAGACUAGGCUAUAUUGUUUGUGGGAUUUUUGACUGGUAUUUUGUUGAACAUUGUUCUCAGUUACAGAGUUAAGCAUAUUUCUGAAAUAUAUUUAUUCAUAGUUUAUUUUGUAAAUUCUUUACACUUGUAAAAUCAUUAAAUGAAUGGUUAUUAUUGUUUGUAGAUAGAAGAUAUUUCAGUUUACCACUGUGAAAUUUUGAAACCUGCAAAUAUUAACCAGUAGCGUGAGUGUUUUAGUUGGUUUAUAACAUGCUCAAGGCUACUUUCAUCUCUUUGAAAGCAGUGGCCACAUCAAGCUCCUUUUACAGAGUUGUAAGAUGGGAUAUGUUUUUAGAAAGAAGCAGUGCCUUCUGGAUCAUCCUUUCAUCAUGUCAGUAACACCAGUGUUGAGAUGAACAGUUAAAUAGCCUUACAAAAGUAUUCAGACUUUGAGCUGUUCUAUGAUUUUAUUGAACAACUACUACACUGCAUUUUAAUGUAACAAAAUCUUGAAAGGAAAAAAACAAUUAUAUAGGUUGCAUAAGUAUUUCAUCAACCAUGGCUGAUUUCCAAUUGUAUGGGGAUCUUUUUAAAUUCUUUCCUAGACUCAUAGGCAUUUGUAACCUUUUUCCGAAAGUUAAUUUCUUCUUGACAUGGUAAAUACUACAAACCUCCAACUGUAUGUCCGAGAUUAAAAUAAGACCAGUUCAGACAAGAUCCUCUCUAAUGAUGUUUUAAUUAUUUGCUCCCGAUUCUAAUUUUAGGUUGUAAUACAUGUAGGGGUAGAAUUGCUUUUUUCCAAAUGCGAAAUUUAAAUUUACCUCGUCUCUUAUUAUCUCAUCUUCCCAGCCACUUGGUGACAUUCGUGGUGGCACCAGGCCCAGCAGAUCAGACCUCCCUUCCCCAGUUGCAGAUUAUAGUUCUUUGUGAGGAAUUCCCAGAUAUUCCCAAGCCAACCAAUGCCUAUAAACUGUCAACUGUGUCCUUGGUGUGCUGCUGAGGGGUUGGGCAUUUUUAUUACAUUCUUAUUGUCACACCAGUCUGCCAUUCCAAGGGUGCUUUACACACCUUCCAUGCAACAUUGAAUAGGCAUUUCAUCCAUGCUGGGCAGGAUCACACUCUCCUCCUGAGCUGUCCAGCAGUUUGCCAGAACAACCUUGAAGUCAUUCAGUAGUCUUUCUCUGUGGCCUCCCAAAACUCCUCCCAUGCUUGAGCUUUUGCCUCCACAGUCUUUUGCAGCAGUCAUCUUAGCCUGAUGGUAUGUCACAUGUAAGUAAGGAGAUUCCAAAGAAAGAAUUUCCUUGGCUGCCACCUUCUUCUAGUCGGAAAGCUUCCUCCGCCUCUGCUGUCCAUGAUUGUCUACCUAGUGUUGCUGCCAUGAGAUGUACCCAUUGCUUUUAGAAACCAUUUCCACACCUGAGGUUUUGGAACAGGGUCCUUUUGGACUCAAUGUCCCCUACCUCUCUCUGCAUAUGGAAGAGGUUCUUUCGGAGUUGAACUCAUCAAAAAUGGGAGCCAGAGCCAGAUUUUCCCAAGAAGCCAUAACUGCUUGUUUAGGCUUCCCUAGUCUGUCGAGCCUACGUCCCUCACUCCCAAUCCAAUUCAAUGACCAAGUGGUGAUCAGUUUGACAGCUCUGCCUCUCCCUUCACCUGAGCAUCCAAGACAUAUGGUCUCAGGUCAGAUGACACAACUACAAAAUCUAUCAUUGACCUUUGGCCCAAGGUGCUCCAGUACCAAGAACAUGUGUGAGCCUCCUUGCAUUCGAUCAUGAUGUUUGUUGUGGACAUACCAUUGACCUAUCCAACAACAACUCACCAUGGUUUGGAUCUAGCAGGCCGUUGCUCCUGAUCACACCCCUCUAGAUAUCUCCUCCAUUCCCAGUGUGACCAUUAAAGCCAAGCACCUCACUCACCUUCUCUAAAAAGGCGGAAUACUCGGAACAACUGCUUGGUGCAUUCACACAAACAACAGUUGAGAGUUUUCCUCCUCGUGACUUGUAGCCGCAUUGAGGCAACUCCCUUAUGUCCACAGGAGAGAACUCCAACUGCACAUCCCUCAAACAGGGGCUUUUGAGUAUCUCCACACCUGCCCAUGGUCUUUAAAAAACAUGGGGACUCAAAAGUAGAAGAGGGACCACCCCUGAUGAAACCAUUUGGUUCCAGAUCCAUGCCACGCUGUGCUUUGGCUUUGAAAACUUGGAAUAUUGUAUAUCUGUGAUGGGGAAGGUGGAAACGUACCAACUAGAUAAAAGGUACAUUCCCACCACAGGAUAUUUCUUGUGGAACUAGAGAUUUUUUGAAAGCUCCAAAACGUUUGUAGCAUUCACAUAGCAGGAACUCUAGCCAUUUGUAGAUCCUGGUAGGUAGUACCUUUAGCUCCUACUCCAGGAUACAUACUUUUUGUUCAACCAUGAACUAUCAUGCAUGGGGCUUGAGAAAUGAAUUCUACUGAUUGGUUGACCAGAAGUCUUGGGUGCCAUCUUAUAAAUCUGUCAGUAGUUUGGACUUUGGAGAGUUAUCAGUGAAGAUGGAGUGCCACAGUUUACACUGCAUUACUCUUCAUAGUCACCUCCCUCCCUGGUGCACUGCACUGUGCACCACACUGAAGCAAUCACCUCUACAAAGCAAUAAGGUGAU